AUGGCGAGGUCUCUACUACGAUACCUUCCCUUCUCCGAGUCGACCUCCCCCCUCCAGGCGAUCACCUAUCUCCUCGGCAUCUCACUGUUCUCCAUAUCCUUCCUGGUCUUCCUGAACAGCAGCAUCUCGUUUGUGAUCACCGACCUCAUCGGCGUCAAGGAUGGCGUCGGCGACAUCGUCGGGACCCUGGGCUUCGCCGACGAGGUCGUCGCCCUGGUGGCCUGCCCGGUCUGGGGUCUCGUCUCAGAUCGACUCGGGGUGCGCAUGGUAGCCGUGAUCGGCUACGUCGUCAUAGGCGCCGCGCUCUUCCUGUUCGUCCAGGCGCGCAACGUGUACCCGCAGCUCCUGCUCGCGAGGAUCUUCUUCGCCUUUGGAGCUUCAGCUUCGGCUACGAUGGUGACCGCCAUCCUACCGUCCUUGACCGGUGGCAAUACGAUCCACGAAGUGCAGGCUCGCGACCCUCGCAAGCCGCCGCGCAACCCACACGACAGCAUCACCCCCUCCCUUGAUUCGGAGCUUACAAUCACUCCCGAACGGUUCCGCGAGCUCUCGGGUGGAAGCGAAUCGACCGUGGGUGUUGACGCAGAGGAUGAUAACGUCCAAGGGAAGGGCAAACCGUCUGCUCUCGCGGGGUAUGUUGGGCUGUUCACAGGGUGCGGCGCCCUAGUGGCUCUCAGCGUAUUCCUGCCUCUGCCCACCCAAUUCGGCCAGAUAGAAGGUGUCACCCUCGGCGAGGCUAUAUCCUACAGCUUCUAUGCCGUCGGUUCUGUGGCGUUGAUUGUCGCCGUCUUCGUGGGCUUUGGUCUGCGGAAUCUGACAGGCGAAGAAGGCAAGGGUUGGCGUCUGUUGCUCGGCUUGAGGAGGUCAGGCCCGAGUGUAAGGGGCGGUGAUGAUAGAGCCGAAUCAAAGGUAUGCGAGUGGCUCUUGCCGUACUGGCAUCUUCUAAAGGACGCCGUCAGGCUUGGUUUCACCGACUCUCAAAUCGCCCUGGGUUAUCUGGGCGGCUUCGUCGCUCGCGCAUCGACCGUCGCCAUAUCGCUCUUCAUCCCCUUGUUCGUCAACUCGUUCUUCAUGAGCAAUGGCUUCUGCCAAGGGUCUCCGAAUGACCCUUCUCCAGAACUGAAGAAGGAAUGCAAGCAGGGCUAUGUUCUGGCUGCCAUCCUGACUGGAGUUGCACAGCUUGUCGGACUCGUUUGUGCCCCGGUAUUCGGUUACCUCUCGAGCGGCGCGGGAAAAUUCAAUAUUCCCAUAAUUAUUGCCACGACGUUUGGCAUUGUGAGUUACAUUGCCUUCCCACAGCUCUCGAGCCCCGAGGUGCGGAAUAAGGACGGCCGAGGUGGCAGCCCGGUUGUCAUCUUCCUCGUCGCUCUCAUGGGUAUUAGCCAAAUUGGCGCGAUCGUGUGCAGCCUAGGGUCCCUCGGUCAUGGCGUGUUGAAGACGGAUAUGGUUAAUGUCAUGGUCGCCGAAAACGGCGAUGAGGAGGUCGUGAUGGAGCCCGCAGAUACCUCAAGCGACGCAGCUCCGCUGCUGGAGAAUGCGGCGGAGACGCCGGAAGACAGCGUCUCACGAGUCAGGCUCAAGGGAUCGAUCGCGGGCGUAUAUUCGUGGUGUGGUGGUGCUGCGAUUCUGCUCCUCACAAAGCUAGGAGGAUACCUCUUCGACUCAUGGACCCCAGGGGCACCUUUCUACCUCAUGGCUGCCUUCAACGCCGUCUUGCUAGUCGCGAGCGUCGGGAUCGACAUUGGCCGUGCCGCUCGAAAGAGGCCAAUACAGAUAUAA